ACACAGAUAUGUUUAUUCAUUACUGUAUCCCUGUAAUAAUGCCUGGCAUGCAGUAGGUCCCUAAUAUUUGUUGAAUGAAUGAAUUAUAGAAUAGAGUGCAAAAUUAAUUCUAAUGUAUUUUAAAGUAAAGCAUGAGAGUUCAAAGAAAUGUUGUAUUUGCCAUCUACAACUUGGAAUAAUGUUCCUUGAUCCUGCUUUACUUCAUGCACUUUUGCCAGCAGAGGUGGAUGCCUUAGGGAAAAAGUUGGAUAAAUGCUGAUCUAAGGCAACACGUCUAAAUGGUUAUGUGAACAUUUCCCAGUUGGGGUAAAACUAAGAGGAGUGAUAAUAACAUCUCAUCAAUUUAAAGGACAAGUUCACUGAUCGUACUGUCAUACUCCAGAGAUACAUAUGCCAAGAAGCAAAGAGAUGCACUCUUGUAUUCCAGAAAGAAGAUGAUUUAGGACAUACGAGUCAGGCAGCAAAAGUUGGAGCCAUUGUAUGAUUGUGUGUCAAAAUGAGAGUCACACACUUCAAGAACUGUAGGAACUAAUUUUAGAAAAAGACUCUUCAGAACAGAUGACACAUGAAAUGUAAAGCCAUGAAAAUAAUGUCAAAGGAGAGAGUUAGGCAGAUCUUCAAAGUCUCCGCCCUCGAAUCCUGGCAACAGGCGCGGUGAGUUUUUCUGAGAGGAACCCGGCCUGGGGUUGCUAUGGAGAUAGGACGCAGCAACUCACAGAGCAACCAGGACCCAGAAAUCGCUUAAGAGACCGCGGCAAAGUAACUUAACUGAGUUGCCUUCUUCCAUAUUUUCACGCCCCUUUCAUCCAGAACAUUUUUUUUCUUGAACUGCUUCCAUGGAAGACUCAACCUCCCCGAAGCAAGAAAAAGAAAACCAAGAAGAACUAGGGGAAACAAGGCGGUCAUGGGAAGGAAAGACAGCAGCUUCUCCCCAAUAUUCUGAGCCUGAGUGGUCUGAGCCCUUGGAGGCGAAGCAGGGGCCAGAAACUGGACGCCAGUCCCGAAGCAGCCGUCCUUGGAGCCCGCAGUCUAGAGCCAAGACGCCUCUGGGUGGCCCCGCGGGACCAGAAACAUCAUCACCUGCUCCUGUCUCUCCGCGGGAGCCCUCUUCCUCUCCUUCUCCCCUGGCUCCGGCCAGACAAGACCUCGCGGCACCACCUCAGUCAGACAGGACCACGAGUGUGAUUCCUGAAGCUGGGACACCUUAUCCUGAUCCUUUGGAACAAUCAUCUGAUAAAAGAGAAUCAACUCCUCAUCACACAAGCCAGUCAGAGGGAAACAGCUUUCAACAGUCUCAGCAACCCAAACCCCACCUGUGUGGACGAAGGGACGUGAGCUAUAACAACGCUAAACAGAAAGAGCUGAGAUUUGACGUUUUUCAGGAGGAAGACUCAAACAGUGACUAUGAUUUACAGCAGCCGGCGCCUGGGGGCUCUGAAGUGGCCCCCAGCAUGCUUGAGAUCACCAUUCAGAAUGCUAAGGCUUACCUGCUGAAGACUAGUAGCAAUUCGGGCUUUAAUCUAUAUGAUCAUCUUUCUAAUAUGUUGACCAAGAUAUUAAAUGAGCGUCCUGAAAAUGCUGUUGACAUCUUUGAAAAUAUUAGCCAAGAUGUGAAGAUGGCACAUUUUAGUAAAAAAUUUGAUGCACUCCAAAAUGAGAAUGAGUUGCUUCCAACAUAUGAAAUAGCAGAAAAGCAAAAGGCUCUUUUUCUCCAGGGACAUUUGGAAGGAGUUGACCAAGAAUUGGAAGAUGAAAUAGCAGAAAACGCUCUUCCAAAUGUAAUGGAGUCAGCUUUUUAUUUUGAACAAGCUGGAGUUGGUUUGGGCACAGAUGAGACAUACCGCAUAUUUCUUGCCCUCAAGCAGCUUACUGACACCCACCCAAUCCAAAGAUGCCGCUUCUGGGGAAAGAUCUUGGGUCUGGAAAUGAAUUAUAUUGUAGCUGAAGUGGAAUUUCGUGAGGGGGAAGAUGAAGAGGAAGUGGAAGAGGAAGAUGUAGCUGAAGAGAGGGACAAUGGAGAAAGUGAAGCUGAUGAAGAUGAGGAAGAUGAAUUACCAAAGUCCUUUUACAAGGCCCCACAGGCUAUACCAAAAGAAGAAAGUAGAACAGGUGCCAACAAAUAUGUCUAUUUUGUUUGCAAUGAACCAGGAAGACCAUGGGUGAAGUUACCACCAGUUAUACCUGCACAAAUUGUUAUUGCAAGAAAAAUCAAGAAAUUUUUCACUGGGCGAUUGGAUGCUCCCAUCAUAAGCUACCCACCUUUCCCAGGAAAUGAGAGUAAUUACUUACGAGCGCAAAUUGCCCGAAUUUCAGCAGGAACCCACGUCAGUCCUCUAGGAUUUUAUCAGUUUGGUGAAGAGGAAGGAGAGGAGGAGGAGGAGGAAGAGGAAGAGGUAGAAGGUGGGCGAAACAGCUUUGAGGAAAACCCUGAUUUUGAAGGCAUCCAAGUGAUUGAUCUAGUAGAAUCCCUAUCCAAUUGGGUUCAUCAUGUACAGCAUAUUCUCUCUCAGGGUCGCUGUAAUUGGUUCAACUCCAUACAAAAAAAUGAGGAAGAAGAAGAGGAAGAAGAUGAAGAAAAUGACGAGCCUGACUACAUAGAACAGGAAGUGGGGCCUCCUCUUUUGACGCCAAUCUCUGAAGAUUUAGAGAUUCAGAAUAUACCCCCAUGGACAACACGGUUAUCCUCAAAUCUCAUUCCACAAUAUGCUAUUGCAGUCCUUCAAUCCAACCUUUGGCCUGGAGCAUAUGCUUUCUCCAAUGGCAAAAAGUUUGAAAAUUUCUACAUAGGCUGGGGUCAUAAGUAUAGUCCAGACAAUUAUACACCCCCAGUUCCACCACCAGUUUAUCAAGAAUACCCCAGUGGACCAGAAAUUACAGAAAUGGAUGAUCCUAGUGUGGAGGAGGAGCAGGCUUUCAGGGCUGCACAAGAAGCAGUUCUACUCGCAGCUGAGAAUGAAGAAUCUGAGGAAGAUGAAGAUGAGGAAGAUGAUUAUGACUAAUAAACAUAAAAUUAGCCUGGUUUUAUGUGACACUGAUACACACACACCCCUUAUAUGGGACUAAUUUUACACUUUUCUGUGUAUGUGUGUAUAUACAUACACAUGUAAGAAAUUAUUCAACUGCAAAAUGUCAAUCUUGAAAAUCAAGCUUGAAAUUUCAUAGGUAGAAAUAUUAGCAUUUUUAUUGAAAGAUACUCAUAGGAUUUUCCAGAGGCUAAAUAACACGCAAUCGCAUAAUUGUUCUGAGGGUUAUGGAUAAUGGAAUAUGUACUUGUACAUUCCUGUUUUUAAAAGGGCUCAGGUUUCAUAUGGUCCAGGUGAGGUAAAACAAUUAAAAUAAAUAAAUAAAUGGU